AUGUAUAGUUACCCUCUAAAACUUUCGGAGGAUGGAUGGGAAAACGACAAAUUUGUGCACAAUGAAUCCAAAACUAAUACACUUGUAUUGGGAUGGAUACGUACGUAUUUCUUGAUACUCUGCGUCUGCAAGUUACCAGAACUUUCUUUAGGUGCUAGUGUGGCAGGAUCCAAUGUUGACCACGAAGGAUUUUGUCCGAACAAGCUGAAUUCCAAUCUUUGGGUAGAUGCGCAGAGCACCUGCGAGAGGGAAUGCAACGUCGACGAGGACUGUGCUGGCUUUGAGAAAUGCUGCACCAACGUGUGUGGCCUCAACAGCUGUGUGGCUGCACGUUUCUCUGAUGGCACCGCUGCCCAGCCAGACGGGCAGGGUGGAGGAACAGGAAGUGAUGCCCUCAACUCCACAGCUACCUGUGAGGGCUUUAUCUGCAGCCAGCAGGGAGCGAUAUGUGACAUCUGGGAUGGACAGCCUAUCUGCAAGUGCCAGGACCGCUGUGAGAAAGAGCCCAACUUCACCUGUGCCUCAGAUGGCCUCACCUACUUCAACCGCUGCUACAUGGACGCAGAGGCCUGCAUCCAAGGGGUGACUUUGACUGUGGUCACCUGCCGCUUCUACCUUGCAGGGCCUAACACUAGUCCACUGCCUCAGGACACCACAGCCAACCCCACGCCUACAUCCUCCCAGGAGGACCCUUUGCCCCCCUCACUGUACUCCAACCCUCACCACUCGUCCAUCUACGUGGGAGGCACCGUCAGCUUCCACUGUGAUGUCAUUGGAGUCCCCAGGCCUGAUGUGACCUGGGAGAAGCAGAGUGAGCGGCGUGAACGUCUAGUCAUGAGGCCUGACCAGAUGUAUGGCAAUGUGGUUAUCACCAACAUUGGUCAGCUUGUGAUUUACAACGCCCAGGUGUGGGAUACAGGUAUCUACACCUGCAUCGCACGUAACUCUGUGGGAGUUCUUCGCGCAGACUACCCACUGUCUGUCAUCCGGCGAGCUGAUGAUGAUUUCUCUGAAGACCCUGAGAUGCCCAUGGGGCGCCCUUUCUCCCCCGCAGACUGUCUGGCUGAAGUAGACGUCAGAGUGUGCAGUGGUGAGCGGCAUGUUGACUGGUAUUAUGACAGUAAACUUGGUUCCUGCAUGGCGUUCAGCAAUGGCGGAUGUGAAGAUAGCCGCAACAAAUUUGAGACUUUUGAGGAGUGCAAGGCAUCCUGUCAGAGAGAAGGGAUGGGGAUCUGCUUGCUGCCUGCAGUCCAGGGCCCCUGCAAGGCCUGGGAGCCACGUUGGGCCUGGAAUUCCGUCAUGAAACAGUGCCAAGCCUUUGCAUAUGGUGGUUGCCAUGGGAAUGCCAACAGCUUCGCCACAAAGCGGGAAUGUGAGGCUAACUGCCCUCAAGCGAAAAAGAAACCUUGUAAGACCUGCAGAGCGAAAGGGAAAAUGGUUCCAAGCUUAUGCCGGAGUGAUUUUGCCAUUGUGGGGCGUCUGACAGAGCUGGUGGAAGAUCUGGACUCUGGGUUAGCUCGCUUCAGCUUGGAGGAGGUCCUGAGAGAUGAAAAGAUGGACCUGACUUUCUUCAACACCAAACACCUUGAGGUGACUAUCGCCAAGAUAGACUGGAGCUGCCCCUGCCCCAACAUCACCAUGGAGGAGAACCCUCUGCUGGUGAUGGGUGUAGUUCAGGACGGCAUGGCCAUCAUCCAAUCAGACAGCUAUGUGAGAGCCAUAUCUGAACGCAGACUCAAGAAGCUGCGGGAAGUUCUUGGUAAAAAGACCUGUGAGGCAAAGUAGGUCCCAGAACUGAGACUCAUUAGCCCACAGAGGCUCUGUAGUUGUGUUUACUUUUAGCACUAAAGAAAAGCAUCCGAACUGCUUUAGGGAAAACUGAUAUUUAUUUACUUUUAUAAAAAUAUGUUCAAUAUGUUUACUAAAGCCAGGUGAGGUCAUUAGUAUGUACAAUUUAUAUUCAUUACAACACCGACUGUUGGACAUUCCAGAUGUUGUGAGUCCUGCUGAAAUGCUCCUUUUUUAAUUUGUUUAAAUAUAUAAGGUUUCUGUUAAAUAUUACUUCUUAAUCUGUAUUUUUGUAUUUUGAAAAGAAUAGCAACCACAUAAGUUAACCAACUUGCCUAGUUUGUGAUGCUAACAAUACUGGACAUCUACAGUGUAUAACCUGUUAUAUUUUUCUGUUUUCUAGUGCUGUGCUAUUAUUAGUAUUUGUUUUUUACAUAGUUUCCCUUUUGUUAUAAUGUAUUACUGCAAUGUCGUAUACACAGCACAUUUACUUGAAUAUAACUCCCUCUGCAAAGCACUUCUGCUACCUGAGUUUUACUAACAGCCUCUGUAAACUGAAAGAAGCAAUAAAAGGAGAACACGGCUGUUUCAUAGUAAAAAUAGAACACAGACAACAUGUAGAUUUGAGCCUCAUUGAUUUUACUCAAGUGUGCGAUACAGAAGUAUGUUGUAUAGGA